AAAACCCGCGUCCAAGCGGCGCUGCCGCCAGCCGCCACAAAAUUUCGCUCCCCUUUCCCGCCAACAAAUACCAACCCUGGCGGCAACUUUCCCCCGCCCGGCAAUAUCCAGAGUCAAAUUUUGCCCCCUCCGCGCCAAUCCUCCUCAUCCACCCCCCUCCUCAUACAUACGGCAAUAUCCAGAUUCGAGAAGCAGAGUAGGGUUCCAGUUCCGACGCCGAGAUCUCUGCUCGCCGCCGCCGCUCCCUCCGUCUUUCAGUCCAUCCCUUCUCAAGGUCAGCGCCUCCCCGGACGGAGCGGGCGGUCGCCCUCUUCGAGUUCGACGCCGACCGUCCCGCGGCUUUUCCUCGAUUUACCCGGGGCCGGGGGGUCUUCAGGUUCAGGGACCCUUUUAACCUUCACUUCUCUGAGUAGAUUUGGCUACAAAUAAGGCACUCAAUCUGUAGACUGUCAUCUGGCCACAAUGUCUGUAGAUUUGGCUCACAAAAUAGUUUCGACUCUCAGAAGAUCUGAAAGGUGCAAGAACACCCGUGUAAUAUACAAUGAUGAUUAUGAAGAAGAUUCCGAGACUGAGAUAACUGAUUCUGAAGAAGAUUCCGAGACUCAGAUAACUGAUUCUGAAGAAGUUGCCUCUCCUUCACCCUCGGGACUUAAUGUUGCUUCUGUUGAUGAUGGUUCCGGUGAAGAGGAUUUUUGCAGUGUGCCUCGCAAGGAUCGAAGAGCUCCGUUGAAAGUUAAGAAUAAGAAGGCUCCAAAAACUAUUUCUGAAGGAUCUGGCACUAAGGGUCAGUCUCAGUGUGGGGGUCUUGGGGUUGAAAGAUCAAACGAGGAAGUUGAUCUUGAUGAGCCUCUUAUUGCUUUGAAACAGAAGAAAGAAAAGACAACCCCUUCUAAGGCGAAAAGAAGGACGGAUGCAUCAUCUUCUCCACAUGCUACAAAACUAGAUACAUCAGCAAAGAGAGAUGAAAUUAGUCCUGUACAAACUUCCCUAUUCGAGUCAAGGCUGCAUGACUUAGUGACACAGAAGCUUGAAAGAAGAGCUGUAGAUCAAGAGCACUCGAGAAUUGCUAUUGAACGCACCUGUGACCAUUCAUCUGUUGUGCUGCAUCAGUUUCCCAUCAAAGAUAAUGAAUGUGGACAGCAGCCUGGUUUCAUCACCCAACCAACUGAAGCAGAUGUUUCUGAAGCCAAAGCGCAUUUGUAUGACAGUGUGGAACAAAAAAAGACUAAUAACAAUUUUUCUUCACUAGGUCCCAUUGAUGAAGUGAGCAACCAUCAGAAAUCUUUAGAUGAUACAAGUAAUUACACAGAUGUGAGGUGCACAUCGGUGGUCAUCCAACCUGAUUUAUGUGGAAGCACAGACAGGAUUUGCACUUCGCAUGAGGAGGUUGUGCAGAUGCCGGUGGAGGGUCAAUUAGAUUCACUAGUCUGCCAUGGUGUGAAAACAAAGGAUAUAUUACUGCAUAUAAAUGUUGAACAAGCAGCCACAGGCUACAAUUUUGCUUUUGAUAAGACUCUUGAUUUGGCUCAUACUGCCAAUUUUGACACUCAAGACGGGCGGCUAGAAAAUAUAGUUUAUGGUGCUCUGAAUAAUAAUGUGCAGCGGAAGUGUUUUGAAACAAAAACUUCUGUUGGAGUUCCAGAUACUGUUGUGACUCUGAGCUCACCAACCACAGCAAAUGUUUCACAUGAUGGCUGCCUCUUACUUGCCAACAUGGAGGGGUCAUCAACGGAUAUUGAUCAGUUAAGUGGUACAAUGAAUGUUGGCAUUUGUAGAUCUGUUAAUGAUCAAGAAUCAAGAGAAACUGGAGAUGCAAUAUCAGAUAGCUCCUCUAAUCCUGAAGAAACACAAGAAAUUUCUGAUGGGCAAACUAGGGCGUCUGAUUUUUUCAUUGAUGAAGGAUCAAUUGAAGAUAAUACUCCAAGAAAACUGUUGUCCCAGAGAAAGAUUAUGUCACCAACUUCUCAGGAGAAGUUUUGCAAUGCUUUGGCUGGUAUCGAUUUGUGUGGAGUCCAAAGGCUUGAGAGAAAGAUUAAUCUUGAAGAUUGUGAUGUAAGUAGUCAAGCAUUACCUCAGACGACAAACAAGCAAUACCGAUCUAUAUUAACCAGAGACAGGAAACUUAAGAGCAGAACUUCUAUCUCCUUUACAAGGAAAGGAGUUCUUAAGUCAACAGAAUCCCCAUAUCCUGAGCUGACAAGUUCAUCUGUUCUUUUGGACACUGAGAAAGCUGUUGAGUUUUCACAAAGGCAGAUGCAUGAUAUAGAAAGCAUUGCAGCAAAUCUUAUCAGGAGCUUGAAGCACAUGAGAAGUUUAGUGGACGAAAAUUUGUCAUCAGAAGCACAGUCUUUGCUUCCUAAUUUUAACACUGCCGAGAUGAGAGCAGCAUCUGAGGAUGCAUUAAAGGUGGAGAGAACUACAAGGAAAUGGUUGACAAUAAUGAACAAAGAUUGCAAUCGUUUUUGUAAAAUAUUGACACUAGAGGGAAAGAAGGCCGCUUCGCAUCCAGAAUUGCCGAGGAAACGUAGGAGGAUAACGUUCGCGGAUGAAGCUGGAGGAAUGCUCUGCUCUGUUAAUGUGUUUAGUGAUGUACAGACCUCUCCUGCAUGCGAGGGUGAGUCAUAAACAUUAUUUGGGCUGAUUGCGUCAAGCAAUUGUGUUGUAAUAAGUUGAUUUCUGACAAUGAAGAAUCAAACAAGAUGGGCCCUGUUUUUUAUUUUUUCCGAACGAGAGAUGGAUGGCCCUAGUCAGGAACCAAGUAACUGGGGAAUGUUUCCCUCUCACUGUAUGUUUAGACGCUAGAGUCUAUGAAGUGGCUUCUGAAACUGUUCCAUCAAAGCUCCACUUGCUGUAAUUUGUAGACAAGAAUCAACUUCUGCAAUUAUAUUGUACAACUGAUUGUUUAGCCA